AACGUGCGCCUCUCUCUCUCCCAUUCUCUCUCGCUGAUUUUUAAAGGGCCUGAGGAGAAGAAGGCUCUCGCGAGUUAAAAUAAAAGAGUCGUAGGGUUCCCCUUGUGAAAAGCUUGGUAGUGUUUCUGACCCCGGCGCCUCCUUGCCCCGGGUCACGCAAAAGCCCCCUUUUUCCUUUCCCUCUCGCGCCACUCUUUCCACCACCAGCCGCCCUCGUCCCCGCGGUUCCCGUCGCCACAACAUGAGGCAUGAGCCAGUCUAUCGGCAACCUGCGUACUAGACGCGUCGCAGUGUUUACGUAACAGUUAUUAUUCUUACUUGUCAGUGUUAAUUUCGAUUUAAGUUAGCCGGUCUGGUUCCUCAAACCUUUUCCGUUCAACCCCACUGGUCCCAGCUGAUAAAAAGAAUAAAAAAAGAGUUUCUACAGAAUUUCAAGAGCUUGAGUCUAUCAGUCGAGGACUUCCCUUUUCCCCGUCCCGCAUCCAUUCUCCUCGAGACCAUUUUCACCUGCUGCAUGGGCCAGCCGGAACAUCACCAGUAUCCAAACUCCAUCGCGCCUACCUGGCUCCCUAUCGAUUGCUCGAAAAUAGACGCGAGGGAGCGUUACCUUUCUCUCCUUCUCGCCCGCGUUCGUCCAUAGCGUGACAGGUGCUUCGUCCAGGAACAACGUGUGCGUUGGCAUGAUCGACGACGAACGCAGGAGGGAACGAGGACAAUCUUCAGUUACUGUACAAAUUAGCUUAUACCACCACUUCUAGAAGGAAACAAUAAUUUUUAGGAAAGGCAAAAAAGGAAAAGAAAAAUAGGAAAAUACUAGCAGACGAGUACUACAAAGAAGGAACAAGGUGGAUUCAGAGAGUAGAAUCGGGGGAGGAAAAAGUGGAGCAGGAAAGAAUCAGGAAGGAAUUUUUUCUCCCGCAAGGGAAGGCAUUCUCAAAGUUCCACGACCUGGAGGCGCCUGUCGUCUUCGCCGGUACAACCAUAACGCCGCCCGCUCUAAAACGCCCGAGACGGGACACGGUGGACUCAUCGCCGCCACCCGCUCGUAACGUCGCCCCCGGAAACCCCGGAACCUCCAGCGAACUCGCCUUGAUUAUGGACGCACCGCUGUCGCAGAGCAUGGACUCCGUAAACACGGUGGCCACCGGCGAAGACGAGGUGCGCACCUUGUUCGUGAGCGGCUUGCCGAUGGACGCCAAGCCAAGGGAGCUCUAUCUUCUCUUCAGAGCAUACGAGGGUUAUGAGGGUUCACUCUUAAAAGUCACAAAUAAAAAUGGAAAAACGGCAUCGCCGGUGGGCUUCGUGACUUUUCACACGAGGGCAGGUGCGGAGGCUGCGAAACAAGACUUACAGCAGGGGGUUAGAUUCGAUCCUGAUAUGCCACAAACCAUACGUUUGGAAUUUGCAAAAAGUAACACAAAGGUUAGCAAACCCAAGCAACCAGCCGCUGCAGCAGCCACCUCGCACCCCGCUCUGAUGCACCCUCUAACUGGACCCCUAGGAAGCCCAUUCUUCCCGAGUGGUCCAGAACUGUGGCAUCAUCCUCUAGCUUAUUCAGCAGCUGGUGAAUUACCUGGGACCCUGCAACAUGCGACGCUGGUGCAUCCCGCAUUACAUCCUCAGGUCCCCGCGCCCAUGUCACUACCGCAUCCUACCACGUUGACGUCGAUACACGCCUCGUUACCGCACUUUUUACCAUCGCCAGCAUUGGCGUCACCGGUAGGUUCCUCGUCGUCGCAGCCAAGCAUCGCCGUCAGUAAUGCGCCCUGCUCAACCCUCUUCGUGGCGAACCUAGGUCAAUUCGUCUCCGAGCACGAGCUCAAGGAGAUCUUCAACAGUUUUCCUGGUUUCUGUCGGCUUCGUAUGCAUACGAAGGGAGGCUCGCCAGUGGCCUUUGUCGAAUAUCAAGAUGUUCGCUACGCGGCCCAAGCAAUGGCCACUCUUCAAGGAUCCCUUCUGGUCUCCUCCGACCGGGGAGCAAUACGAAUCGAAUAUGCAAAGUCAAAAAUGGCCGAGGUGGGCUUUACAAAUCUCUGGAUCGAAGGAUCAAAGGGAGAAGAAAACGGGCAACCUUAAAAUCGACAUCAACGGGAUGUAAAAAAAAAUUGAAAGUAACAAAUUCCAAAGUGAGCCUGCUGCUUUUUGUGAUUUUUAGAAAAUCGGAAGAAAUAGGAACUGAAAAUCGACAACGACUAAAAAACCAACAAAGAAAAAAAUCGUAAACGAAAAAGAAAUCAGCAGCAACAAAAGACAAGAACAAUCAAGAAAAGAAAAAAACGAUUUUGAAGUCACUAGGAAAAUUUUUUGCGCAACUCGGUGACUUCUUUCGAGAGAAAAAGAGAGAGGAUAUUGCUGAUAAAUUUAGGUAUCUACCUAUAUAUUUUUUAAAGCGAAAUAAAACGCGAGCCGAUUAUUUAUAUUUUCGACGACGAUUUAAAAUAGGAAAUUGACGGACGACGACCCAAUUUUUUCGUGAAACAUCGACCUGAAUUUUUCUUUUUUAAACUAUGAUGGUCAGCAGCUUUUGAGUGCGCAUAAUAUAGGCAUAGGUACAUUAUUCGAAUUCGAUUCUCAUUAUUCUCGUCAGGACUAUAAUUGUUUCUCGAACGAUAUUUAUACAUAUUAUAUAUUCUCAUUUUUAUGACUGUCGUCCUAUAAUAAUAUAACGGUCUCGAGAAGGGCCGGUGAAAAAAAAAAAUUCGUUUGUAUGUAAAAAGGCACUGUUAAACUCACAACACCCGCACCACGUCGUAUAACACUCUUAUUAUCGAAUUGUAGGUAAAUCGAGUAUCUGAUUGCGCAACAGCACGCGUAUUACGAAUUUUUCUUAGAGACACGCCUCCUCCUUCUCUUUAAAAAAGAAUUUAAUUUCCCAAAAAUACCAAAAGUAAUUUUCUUUCGAGUAAAAGAUAUUUCAGGAUUGCCACGCAACUUAAAAACCUGGAAAUGUCAGGGAAUUUUAUAAACCUUGAAAAAAUCUGGAAAAAUCAGG